CGUGUGUGUGUGUGUGUGUGUGUAGUUGGAUCUAGCUGGGUGUGUCUUGUUUCUGUCCUGAGAGAUACACCACCGAUUAAAGGCGAUUCGCGUUAACUGAUCAGUAUAUCCGCCUCAGAUUACACUUUCACACAUUAGCAUAUAGCUAACAGAUGAGUUGAUGACAUUCCUGACCAGGAAGUUGUCUGAAUUAGCUCCACAAAGCUCUGCGGUCGUGUUUUUGUCUCAGUCAGGCUGUUCGUGUGUGUGUGAAAGCAGCUGUAAUGUAUCAGGCCCUGAAGAAAGUGUUUUUUACCGAAGCUCGGUGUCUGAGCGACGAGGCCAGCAAGAGCUUCGAGGCGCUUUUCGACAGGUUGGACGUGAAUAAGGAUGGGAAGGUGGACAUAGCGGAGCUGCGGGCCGGCCUGGCCGACAUGGGCGUCUCAGUGGGGGCAGACGCGGCUCAGAAAAUCGUUUCCUCCGGGGACUCGGAUAAAGACCAGCAGCUUGACUUUGUCGAGUUUUCCAAGUACCUGAAGGAACAUGAGAAAAAGCUCAAUCUGACUUUCAAGAGUCUCGAUAAAAACAAAGAUGGACGCAUUGAUUACACAGAGAUUCAACAGGCAUUUAAAGAGCUGGGGAUGAACAUAUCAAAGGAAAAAGCAGAGAAGAUUCUUCAAAGCAUUGAUGUGGAUGGCACGAUGACGGUUGAGUGGAACGAAUGGAGGCAGCACUUCCUCUUCAACCCAGCCACCGACCUGCAGGAGAUCAUACGUUACUGGAAACACUCCACUGUGUUGGAUAUAGGUGACAGUCUCACCAUCCCAGAUGAGUUCACAGAAGAGGAGAAGACAACUGGUUUGUGGUGGAAGCAGCUGGUUGCAGGUGCGAUGGCAGGAGCAGUGUCACGCACAGGAACAGCUCCCCUGGACCGAAUGAAAGUGUUUAUGCAGGUUCAUGCCUCAAAAUCCAACAAGAUCAAUCUGAUCAGUGGGUUCAAGCAGAUGGUUAAAGAGGGUGGCAUCAAAUCUUUGUGGCGGGGCAAUGGUGCCAACGUACUGAAAAUUGCCCCAGAAACAGCCAUCAAAUUCAUGGCAUAUGAGCAGUACAAGAAGCUCCUGUCUACAGAAGGAGAGAAGAUUCAGACCCACGUGAGGUUCAUGGCAGGUUCUCUGGCUGGUGCCACGGCACAGACAGCCAUCUACCCUAUGGAGGUGAUGAAGACAAGACUGACUCUGAGGAAAACCGGACAAUAUUCCGGAAUGUUCGACUGUGCCAAGAAGAUUCUGAAGAAAGAAGGAUUGAAGGCUUUUUAUAAAGGCUACAUUCCCAAUAUCCUGGGCAUCAUUCCCUACGCAGGAAUAGACCUGGCUAUCUAUGAGACCCUGAAGAAUGCCUGGUUGUCACACUAUGCUACAGACUCUGCUAACCCUGGAGUACUGGUCCUGCUGGGGUGUGGUACGAUCUCCAGCACAUGCGGUCAGCUGGCCAGUUACCCUCUUGCCCUGAUCCGGACACGUAUGCAGGCCCAGGCGUCCGUGGAGGGCUCAGAGCAGGCGUCCAUGACCAAACUGACAAAGAAGAUUCUGGAGAAGGAUGGCUUCUUUGGCCUGUACCGUGGCAUUUUGCCCAAUUUCAUGAAAGUGAUUCCUGCUGUCAGCAUCAGCUAUGUGGUGUACGAGUACAUGAAGACUGGGCUAGGCAUUUCAAAGUGAGGUGUAUGUGUGCGUGUAUUGGUGGGUGUAGCCAGGGGUGGAGGGUGGUUGGGGAAGGGGUGUGUGUGUGUUGGGGUAAUACUGUUGGGAAGUUGCAUGAGCCAAAGCGCAUUUCGAAAGCGUAUCACCACCUGAGUGGAACUGAGCUCAGUUCCUGAAUACCAACAAACCAGUUUUCCAAUCAUUCAUCGUGAUAACAUCUAACCCAGAGUAUCCACUCGGGGUAGGCAAUAUGAUUCGCAUAUAUCUUGUGAAAAUAGAAAAUUUUAUACCCGAAACAUUGGUCUACUUUUAGGCUGGAUUUCAAUUUGAGGGAUUUAUUGCAUGUAAGCCGAAUUUGCCAAGUAGAACUUUCACAUUUAAAGAAAAAUGUCUCAUAAUGUAGUUUUUAUAUAUAUAUAUAUAUAUAUAUAUAUAUAUAUAUAUAUAUAAGUGUCAUGAUGUAAAUUAUUCGACGCCAAAUUGUCCACAUCUGCCAGUGUUUAAAGGAACAGUCCACCGUACUUCCGUAAUGAAA